UGGUUGCCUAUAAAUCAGGGUCCUAGAGCUCAAACGGAGGGAGGGAGCGAGUAGCCUUGUUUGGAACAUCAUGGCUGCCUCCACUCGGCCUCAGGUGAUUUCGCUGUACAGGAUGAUGCUGAAAGAAAGCAGCAAGUUUCCCUCCUACAACUACAGGACGUACACACUGCGGCGUGUUCGUGAUGCCUUCAGGGCCAACAGGAAAGUGGAGGAUCCGAAAGUGGUGGAGAAGCUGCUGGUGGAGGGACGGCAGAUGCUGGCACUGAUUCAGAGACAGGUGUCCAUCGGGAAGAUGUACGAGGCUCAGAGGAUGGUGGUGGAGUAAACGGUCGCUCAGAAGGUCCAUCAGAGCCAAUCACUGCCCUAACCCCGGGAGCUGUGAAUGCAUUGUGGGAGAUGUAGGAUGGGGUGAAGCUGCACACUUCCUGGACGUUGUUUGGAGUCUAGUCUUCUGCAGUCAGAGAUGAACCGAUUAUCUACUUUAGACCACAUGUUGGGUCAGAUGUCUUCACAUGUUUUCUUUGCUCUGGAACAAACAGAAAACCUGAAAUAUGCAAAUUCUUUUUAUUUAAAGCUUGAAAAACAUCAGAUAUUCAGAGUUUAGAAACUGAGAGCUCAAACCUCAUGUUCAGUUAGUCUCAAUGAAUAAAAUAAAUCAGCUGUUAUCUUCCCUGAAAGUUUUCUAGGAGAUGAAUGAAGAUGAAAAGUGCUGCAGGUGCUCAGAAACACGUCAGAUUGUUUUAAACUCCUGCAGACUGAUGCUGGGCAGCGAUUGAAAAAGAUUCAUUGAAAACAAUCAAAAGCAGCAGAAAUCAGAUCUUCAGCUGCCCUGCGGUCUUCCUCACCAAACAUCUGGGUUUAAAGGCACCGAUUGUUCCAGCGUCGGACGUUUGAAUAUGUGAUUUCUUAUAAAUCUGUGAAGUGACAAAAUAAAAGUUAGAAUUUGAA